AUGGCGGCAAGGAACUUAAAGAAGUUGGCCUCAAUGGAUGCACAAUUGAGGUUAUUGGUUCCGAAGAAGGUGUCUGAGGAUAACAAGUUGAUGGAGUAUGACGCUUUGUUGUUGGAUCGGUUCAUUGACAUUCUUCAGGAUUUGCAUGGAGAAAAUCUCAAAGAGACGCAUACUACAUAUCCUGUUCUGGAUGCUUCCACUUCAUUCUUUGGAGUUUAUGAUAGACAUGGAGGUAAGAAUCAGGAGCAAGCCAUAGCCGCCCAUGCUGCCAUGGUUUCUCAUUGUCAUCGUGAAUCCAUCCUCGACGCGAAAGUUCCAUUGUCUCCUUCAAUGAAAUAA